AUGGAGAGAGGAAGGAAGAAGAAGCAAGAAGCUAUGGACCAAAAGCAAGCAAAGCAAGCAAACAAGAAGCGAGUGGAAACAAGCAAGCAAGCUGCAUAUACAAAGAUGAGAGAGAGAUAUCAUGUGGUGCUCGCAAGCAUGACACUAUCUAUGGAUGGAAACGAGAUCCCCCCAACACUUUGA